AUGAGCAAGGGCACUAGCCAUGGCAAAGAUGGCAAGGAAGAAGAGUAUGUAAUUGUUGAAGAGAAAGUAGUCAAAUACAACGGUGAAAUUGCUGUUAAAAGAUACCAGAGAGGAAGGUUCCUUGGUAAAGGAGGAUUUGCUAGAUGCUAUGAAUUCCAAAACUUAGACACAAAGAAAAUUUCAGCCGCGAAGGUCAUCGCUAAAAGUUCCCUGACUAAGAGUAGAGCCAAGCAGAAGCUGAUGAGUGAGAUUAAAAUUCACAGAUCUCUCCACCAUAACAAUAUUGUAGGAUUUGAGCACUUCUUCGAAGACAGUGAAAAUGUCUAUAUCACAUUGGAAUUAUGAUCCAAUCAAACUUUGAACGAGUUGAUCAGAAGGAGAAAGAGACUCCAUGAACUAGAGACUAAAUGCUAUAUUGUACAGAUUAUCUCUGCUCUGAGGUACCUUCAUUCCCACAGGAUCAUUCACAGAGAUCUUAAACUUGGAAAUCUGUUCUUGUCUGCCAAGAUGGAACUUAAAAUAGGAGAUUUUGGUUUGGCAACCAAACUUGAGUUUGAUGGUGAAAGGAAAAGGACUAUUUGUGGUACUCCAAAUUACAUUGCCCCAGAAAUUCUUGAGGCCAAACAAGGUCAUUCAUAUGAGGUUGACAUCUGGUCUCUUGGAGUUAUAUUAUAUACCAUGCUCAUUGGAAAGCCUCCGUUUGAAACUGCAGACGUUAAAACAACUUAUCGUAGAAUCAGGAUGAACGCAUACACAUUCCCCGACCAUGUACAUAUUUCUGAGUCUGCUAAAGACAUGAUUAGUAAGAUCUUAACUAAUGAUCCUGCUAAAAGACCAACCCUUGAUGAACUUUUGAUGCAUGAUUUCCUUUAUAACGAGGGAUCAAUUCCCAGACUUUUGCCUGCUAGUACUCUGGCCUGUCCUCCUUCUGCAACUUACAUCAAGCAAUUCCAGUCAGAUGAUUAUAGCCCAAGAAGAAUCCCUGAUGUCAAGGAUAGGAUCAAGAAGGUAUCUGAAGCUGAGAAAGAGGACACCUCCUCAAGACCAGAAAGCAGGAGCUACAAAGGCCCUAAAGUCUGGGUCAAGAAAUGGGUUGACUACAGUUCAAAAUACGGACUUGGAUACCUUCUUUCUAACACUAGCACCGGUGUUUUCUUCAACGACUCUACAAAAAUAGUCUUAGACACUGAUGGUCAUAACUUUAUUUACUAUGAAAGAAGAUCUAGUGAUAAAAAGGAUAUUGGUACUAGCCAUACUCUUGGAGAUUACCCAAAAGACCUACAGAAGAAAGUCACCCUUCUCCAACACUUUAGGAGCUAUCUCGAAGGAUCUAAUAAGAAAGGCGAAGGAGAAGAGAGUAAAAGUAUUGGUACUGAAAGAAUGAAGAAGGAUGAAGAAGAGAAGAAAACUGAGCCCAAGGCCGAUAUCGCUAAGAAAGAAAUGAGUGACGAUACUGUCUAUGUCAAGAAAUGGAUGAGAACAAGACAUGCUAUUAUGUUCAGGCUGAGCAACAAGGUUGUGCAAGUCAAUUUCCAAGAUCAUACUGAGAUAAUCCUGAGUAGUGAAUCUAAAGUUGUGACAUAUGUUAAUAAGAAGGGAGAGAGACUUACUUAUCCUCUCUCUACAGCAAUGGAGUCUAGCAAUAUGGAAAUGGCUAAGAGACUUAAGUACACAAAGGAUAUCCUGACUCAUAUGCUUCAAUCAAACCAGACAAACAGAACAACAAAGGAUACUACUGACAAAAAAUAA